AUGUUUAAUCACACUAUGCUUACAGAAGAAUACGGAGCCUGGAAAAGUCCUAUUACAAGUGAGAUUGUCAACGAUAGACGAAUUGUAUUUAAAGAGGUUGUCAACGAUCCGACCAUGCCAGAUAGAAUAUAUUGGUCAGAACUGAGAUUUAAAGCAGGGGGACGAUUUAUAGUAUGUUCCAAGGACAAGGGCAAUCCAAACGAAACAUGCUAUACAGAUUCAAAGCAUAGUGCCAGAUCAAUUGUUAAUGGAUAUGGUGGAGGUGCUCUGCUCGUUUAUAACUCUACAAUAUACUUUGUAAACUAUAGAGAUCAGAAAGUCUAUAGACAAAAGGUGCCAAAUGGUAAGGCAGAGGUGUUAGUCAACUCAUCCAAAAUAUAUCAUGCUGAUGGAAGCAUUUCACCUCAGCUGAAUCGAAUUUUCUAUGUGCGUGAGGAUAACAGUGUUAGACCUGUAAUCACCACGAUUUCUAAGGUAGAUCUUGCCACCGGAAAGGAAACAAUUAUUAUUGAAGGUGCUGAUUUUUACAGUUCUCCCCGAGUUUCCCCAGACGGGAAGAAGAUCGCAUGGGUCGAAUGGAAUUUUCCUAAUAUGCCAUGGGACAACACUUCAUUAUAUACGGCCGAGCUUUCAAACAGCGGGAGUAUUGUAGAAAAUACAAUUUUUAGGGUGUCUGCCGACGGAGAAAGUGCGAUUGAACCAAAAUGGAGUCCUCAAAAUGAACUUUAUUAUAUCUCGGACAAGACCAACUGGUGGAAUCUAUAUCGGGUUCUUGAAGAUGGAACUUCUAAAAUAGUUUUGAAAAGGGAUAAGGAAGCAUGUCAACCACCCUGGAGAUUUCACAUGAACUAUUAUGAUUUCUACAAACGAAAGAUCAUUUCAACCUAUGACAGGUACCUGCAAAUGAUAGACAUGGAUACUGGGGAUGUACAAGAUAUCCCAACGGACUAUCGCACUCAUGUUAGAUUACAGGCCUCAUCGUCUGGUGAUGUUUAUCUUAGAGCUGAACAUUCCACUAACACAGAAGCUCUCUUAAGGAUCAAUAUUACCACAUUAGAGGUAUCGGUUGUAAAAAAGUCCCAGAUUCUUGAUUUUGGCCCGGGUUAUAUCAGUCAACCACGUGAAAUCGAAUUCCCGACGGGUGACAAUAACACUGAAGUAGCAUAUGGAUACUAUUACCCACCAACAAAUCGAGACUGCUUAGGUCCUAGAGGAUCUAAACCUCCUCUGGUAAUAAAGGUACACGGUGGACCAACGGUAGCCACUCGCGAUUCCUUCUUGAUGCUCUUCCAGUUUUGGACGAGUCGAGGAUGGGCAGUUUUUGAUGUGAACUACAGAGGAAGCACGGGAUAUGGAAGGGAGUAUAGGCAGAAACUAUAUAAAAAUUGGGGCGUAUAUGAUGUUGAAGAUAUCGUAAAGGGAGCGCUACAUAUAGUGAAACUAGGCCUUGCCGACAGAGAAAAAUUGGCUAUAUCUGGUGGAUCUGCAGGGGGAUAUGUUGUUCUGUCUGCACUAACAUUUUACCCCGAGAUCUUCAGGGCAGGUGCAAGCUAUUAUGGUAUAUCGGAUAUGGAACUUCUUGUUGGUCAAACACAUAAGUUUGAAAGUCGAUACGUUGAUAUGCUGAUAGGACCAUGGCCGGAAGCCAAUCAAACCUAUUACGAACGCUCUCCAGUUUACUUUGCAGACAAUCUGAAUGCGCCUAUCAUAUUUUUCCAUGGGGAAAAAGAUUGGUUUGUUCCUGUAAACCAGGCCGAGAUUAUGUAUAAUGCUCUAUUGGCAAAAAAUAAAACGACGUCUCUGACAAUUUUUCCAGAUGAAGGCCAUGGAUUUGUAAAAGCAGGGAAUAAAAACGCAGCAUUAGAUGGAGAAAACUACUUUUUUAGUAAAGUAUUUGGUUAUGAAAAUAUGGAUUGUGAUAAAGGAAAGUUACCGAUUGACAACUUGUAACACCUGGGUUAUUAACGCAUGAUGGAGGAAUGACGUAUAAUUGUGCCAUCCUUAUUAAAAUGAGAUGUAUGAUCCUCAAAUAUAGUCUUUGAAAGACCGAAUUUUUCGUUUUGAAUGGAAAUAGAAUUGUAAAUUAAACCUUUUGCAGAACAUU